GCUGUGAGUAUGCCACUGCACUCCAGCCUGGAUACUGUUGCCAUAUGAAGUUGACCAUGGCAGAAGAAGAAGACUAUAUGUCUGAUUCUUUCAUUAAUGUCCAAGAAGAUAUCAGACCAGGAUUGCCAAUGCUAAGGCAAAUCCGAGAAGCCCGUCGAAAAGAAGAAAAGCAACAGGAAGCUAAUUUGAAAAACAGGCAGAAGAGUUUAAAAGAAGAAGAACAAGAAAGACGUGACAUUGGAUUGAAGAAUGCACUAGGCAGUGAAAACAAAGGGUUUGCUCUGCUCCAAAAGAUGGGUUAUAAAAGUGGUCAGGCUCUUGGAAAGAGUGGAGAUGGUAUUGUUGAACCGAUUCCUCUCAAUGUCAAAACAGGGAAAAGUGGCAUUGGCCAUGAGACACUUUUAAAACGGAAAGCAGAGGAGAAAUUAGAAAACUACAGAAGGAAGAGCCACAUGAAACACCAAGCUGAAGAAAAAGCUGCAGAACAGUUUCGAAUGCGACUUAAAAGUAAGCAAGAUGAAAUGAAGCUAGAAGGAGAUCUUAGAAGAAGCCAGCGAGCCUGUCAACAAUUGGAUACUCAGAAGAAUAUUCAGGUUCCCAGGGAGGCAUGGUACUGGUUGAGGCCUGAAGAGGAAACUGAGGAAGAAGAGGAGGAAGAAAAAGAAGAGGAUGAAGACGAAUAUAAGAGUGAAGACUUAAGUGUACUGGAGAAAUUACAAAUACUGACUAGUUAUCUAAGAGAAGAACAUCUGUAUUGUAUUUGGUGUGGAACAGCUUAUGAAGAUAAAGAAGACCUAUCUUCCAAUUGCCCAGGACCGACUUCUGCAGAUCAUGACUAAGAUUAUUCACAAUAAAGUGGAAACUUGAAAAAUGUUAAUGUUUCCUAGAGACAGACAGUUCAGCAGUUAGAAAUCCCAAAUUUUUUUAUGCCAGUAAAGAAAGAGGACCUUUAUAUCAUGUUUUGUUCUUUUUAUACUUUAAAAGUACAUCAUUUGUACUUUAGAAUGUAAUUGUUCACUGAUUUGAAAAAGUAAUGCAGUGUUAUGUCCGAACACAAAUAUUAUAGGCAGUUACAAUUUAUGGCUGUAUUGUGAAGCUUCUGGGGUUUAAGGACUCCAGCAGGGAACUCUAAUUCCCUCUUCACUUGGGAACAAAUUGAGAAAUAAGACAUGGGAGUCAGAGGAAGAGAAGACUGUCAGCUAUCAGUGCUGAAGCUGGAAUAGAGAACAAGUUUGACAUUUUCUCCAAAUCAGACUCCCUACUGUUUUUCUCUGAUUGGAGAGGACUGCAGGCCUCUGUCUUGUUGGGCCUGUAUUCUGAGACCAGUUCGCUUUCAAGAUUAGGGAAUCACCGGGCU